AUGCUGUCCUCGAUUCCUUCAUUGUCGACAUCAUAUAUCCGCCACAGCACCGGCCCAUUUACAGAACAGACCCUCCUACAAGACCAGCUCGACCAACUCGACCAGCUCGAGUCGCAGCUGCUUCUCUCCUCCUACCAACACCACCCGCAAGAACAGCCGCAAGAGCAACACCAUCACCACCAUCACCAGACCUUCAGUGAUAUCAGUGAUAGUCCCUCGUUGACCUUCCCUGUCUACCACAGCUGCUCUACGCCGCCGCCGCCAGAGUCGUCAUCCUCUGCCGUGGCCUCUCCCUACGCUUACGACUCCGCCUCCCCUGUCUUCUCCGUCCAGGGCUCUCCUGAGACCGACUUCAUCUCGUCCUUCUACCACGGCGCAGGCGGCUUUUCUAUGCCCGACGAGAGUUUCCCGAUUCGGGAAGACGGUCUAUCGCAUACCCCACCGCCGCCUUCAAUCAAGGUGUACCAGUCCUCGCCACAUACCAGCAAUAACCACCACCAACACCACCGCACCACCACCGCCAACACCACCAACAAUAACAACAACAACAGCAAUAACAACCAGAUGCUGCUACAGUCCGGUCUAUCUUAUGAAGGGGACCUUCAGUCGCUGUUGCCGCCACAACAUAACCAUCACCGUCUCUCUUCCCGAGCAUCCGGCCAGUCGCCUGUAGCUUCAGGCGUCUGCGCAAAGCCUCAGCAACAGCAAUCGCAACAGGCUGCUCAGCAUAGACGCACUCCAUCUACCUCCUCCAGCGUCUCUCUCCCUUCUGCCUACCACGGGUACACGGGUUACGACCGAGGCUCCUCUAAGCCUCUGCCUACCCCCGAGCAGACCCCAGUGCAGCCUUCCUUCCUGGCUCAGCCAUCCUUCCCGUCCUACGACCCGUCCUCCUCAUACCGAAAUGCAGGAGACCAUACGGACGUGGAAAUGGCUAUGAGACGAGCUGUGUUUGAGCAACAGCGACACCAACAGCAACAACAGCACCGUCAGCAACAGGCAGCUCACGCCGUUGAGGAAGAAGCAACCACUUUCCCUGCUUACACUCUGGCACCAUCGGCGCCAACACUGAGUCACAACUCGCCAGCCACCGCUCAGGGUCACAUGAACGCCCGAACAAACUCUCCCCGGGAUGCCUCUCCCUGGGCACAGCAGGUCAGCGUCUUCCAGAACGCUCUUCACCACCCAUCACACAUGAACUCCUCCCUACGAGGAAUGGAGCUCAUCAGCCACAAUGGCCACGACGAGCAACCCAAGACCAUCUCGCCCAAGGACGCGAUGCUUGAGUUCCACGAGUCUCCCGCAGACAGCAGUAGCAUGCCGCUCUUUCCUUCCCAGGCCGAGGCUUCGCAGUUUGAAGCUGCCGUGGCGACAACACUGGCCAACACAGACUUCUCCAACGAUGCCUUUGCCCCCUUCUCAUCCUCCGCCUCCCAAAGCACACCCCAGCCCUACUUCCUCGGCCAGACUGCCGGUACGGACGUAUUACAAUACCAACCCAGUGCCGCCCAGCACCAGGCUCAGCACCAGCAACACCAUAGCCACCCACAGCACCAGCAGAGCAGUGCCGAGUUCGCUGCCGCGCUAGCCGGCCUCGACCAGGCUGCCAACGUCGACCGCAAGAUGCAGGACCGCGACUCGGAUAUGGCUGCCGGCCGACCAGACGACACUGCGUCUGAAGCUGGAACCUACAGCUGUACUUACCACGGCUGUACCCGCCGCUUCGAGACGCCCGCUCGGCUACAGAAGCAUAAGCGCGAGGCCCACCGCCAGACUACACCGGGCUCACACAUGCUCUCGCGUGACAGCUCUACGCUAGGCGCACGCGGACUUAGCGCCCGCAACUCGCAGGCCGGACCUCACCGAUGCGAGCGCACCAACCCGUCGACGGGCAAGCCGUGCAACUCCAUCUUCUCACGGCCGUACGACCUUACACGCCACGAAGAUACGAUACACAAUGCCCGCAAGCAGAAGGUGCGCUGCCACCUGUGCACCGAGGAGAAGACCUUCUCCCGCAACGAUGCUCUCACCCGGCACAUGCGCGUUGUCCACCCCAACGUCACGUGGCCAGGCAAGCAGAAACGGAGAGGCCGCGACGACUAA